AUGCGACAAUCUCUGGAUACUAUACGUGAUACUGUUGUACAAGCUUGUCUAACAGCUAUAUCUGCUCGACCAAUAAUUUCAUUGAAUUCAAAUAUUCCUACACAAGAUCAUAAUGUAAAUAAUCAUUUAACUGAUCUUAUUCAAAGUGAACAUUCUCUAAGAUUACAAAAUACAAUUGAUCAUUGGCAAAAUUAUCAAUUACAAAUUCCAUCUGUAAUACGAAAGAAAAAUAAUUCUUUAUUAUAUCAUCAUAGAUUAGAUAAUGAUGAUAAUGAUGAUAUUAAUAGAAAACAACGAAUUCAUCAUCGAGCACGUACAAGUUCGUAUCCAAUGUAUAAAAAUGUAUUACGAACAUUAGUUAAUGAUAUUCAAGUACCAUGGUCAUAUGAAUGGCCACAAUAUAAACCGACUAUAUUUACUGCUGACGAAGUCUAUAUCAAUCCAGGUGCAGAUCCUGAUCUACUCAAAUCAUCAUCAUCAAUAUCUCUUCAUUUUAAUACAAUUGAUGGUGCUGUCGAUCGUCGUAGUGUUUAUCAACAUUAUCAUAUACGUGAACAUGAUGGUCUUCCAUUAAAUCCAAUCGGUCGUACUGGUUUACAAGGACGUGGUAUACUUCUUCGAUGGGGACCAAAUAUAUAUCAUUAUAUAAUGAUAUGUCGAUGGAAACGGGAUAUUUAUGGAAAUAAUCUUUUACAUGCAUCGAAUGGAAAAAGAAUUCUCGAAAUUCUUUUAGAAAUACAAACUGAUGGUUAUGCAACGCAUGAUUUUAUUUUAACUGGUGGUUUACGUAUGAUAGGUAGUCGAUUUCCUCCUCAAUUACAAGAUCGUUUAAAACGUUUUAUUAUUCAUACAGGUACAAUAUUAAAUAAUAGAUACAAAAUUUCAUCAUCUCUCAAUGCAUUAAAUCAUUUAUUUGAACAAAAUCCAAUACCAUGGAAAGGUGCUUAUUUUGAUGAUGCUCGUAAUACAGAUAAUGCUUGGAUUGAAUUAUCAAUUGAAUAUUUAUUAGAUGAUGAUCAUCAAUUAACAUCAUGUAUACCAUAUCUUCAUAAUCAACAACUUCAAUAUCUUGAACAACCACGUUUUAUUUGGAAAGAUGUCGAAAAUACAAUUGAUAUUGGACCACGAACUCAUUAUCGUCUUAUAAGAAAUUUAGCUUAUAAACUCGAUGCAUAUUUUUGA